AUGGCGAGAGAUCGCUUUAAGUUCAGGGCCUCGUUUAAGAGCGAGGUUUGGACGGGGAAGCGAGAGUCCGUGGAGUUGGGUGGGACAGAAGUUCCUUGGCCGAGCUCGCAUAACACGGACCUCGAGAGUUUGGAGCUGGUGUUUGGGGGAGAGUCCGGCUUCAUGUUGAUAAGGGAGCCUGGCGUGACUCCGGGCCUGCCGGUGAAACGAUCCCCUCCGGUUCUCCGAUGUCGGAUCUGCCCAUUCCUCGAGAAGAAGAUGAACCGGGCCAACAAGGUCUCCUUCUCCAACCACAAGACCAAGAAGCAGCAGUUUGUCAACAUGCAGUUCAAGAAGCUGUGGUGGGAGGCCGUCAAGCACUACGUCAAGCUCAGGCUCUCCACCAAAGCCCUCAAGACCAUCGAGAAGCACGACCUCGAUGCCAUCGCCAACAAGGCCGUCGCCACAGACCUCAACAAGAAAUGAUCGAUACGAGUCGGUUUGAGAUCUCCUGGCUAUUUGGAUUCUCUUCUUGAUUUUCUCACGUCAUCCAUUUCAGUGAAAAAGAGCAGAUCACUUUAUAUGAG